AUACACCCUGACUGACUGCCUACCAGGGAGGGGAGUCGCGAGCUCUGCGGGCAGCUACAUGGUGCUGAAUUUUUCAAGAUGUCGUCGCUGGAACAGAGGUUGUCGCGAAUCGAAGAGAAGCUAAAGCAAGAAAAUGAAGAAGCUCGGCGGAGAAUUGACCUCAACAUCGACAUGAGUCCGCAGCGCCCACGUCCGAGGCCUAUCAUCGUGAUCCAGCUCAGUCCUGCUCCAGCCCCCUCCCAGCGUGCAGCUCUCCAGCUGCCCCUGGUCAACGACGGAGGCAGCCGCUCGUCGUCCUCGGAGAGCUCGCCUCAGCACCACCCGUAUCCCAGCCGCCCGCGACACAUGCUCACCCUGCCCACGCCUCCCUACAGCCUGCAGAAGAGCCUGGAGAAUGUGGAGAUUGACCAGAAACUGCAGGAGAUCAUGAGGCAGACGGGUUACCUGAAGAUCGACGGACAGCGGUAUCCAGCAGAAGUAACGGACCUAAUCAGUGAGGGAGAGAUCGGCAGCGGGACGUGUGGACAGGUCUUCAAAGUCCGGUUCAAGAAGACGGGCCACGUCAUCGCAGUCAAGCAAAUGCGUCGUACGGGAAACAAGGAUGAAAACAAGCGGAUCCUCAUGGACCUGGAUGUGGUGCUGAAGAGUCACGACUGCCCUUACAUCAUUCAGUGCUACGGCGCCAUAGUUACCAACACGGAUGUUUUCAUCGCGAUGGAGCUGAUGGGAACCUGUGCAGAAAAGCUGAAAAAGAGAAUCCAAGGCCCAAUCCCGGAGCGAAUCCUGGGAAAGAUGACCGUUGCAAUAGUGAAGGCGUUGUUGUAUCUGAAGGAGAAGCACGGCGUCAUCCACCGCGACGUCAAACCGUCAAACAUCCUGAUCGACGCCAAGGGUCAGAUCAAACUGUGCGACUUCGGCAUCAGCGGUCGCCUCGUGGAUUCAAAGGCGAAGACUCGCAGUGCCGGCUGUGCUGCCUACAUGGCGCCUGAGAGAAUAGACCCUCCAGACCCCACCAAACCUGAUUAUGAUAUUCGAGCAGACGUGUGGAGUCUCGGCAUUUCUCUGGUGGAGCUAGCCACUGGACAGUUUCCCUACAAGAACUGCAAGACGGACUUUGAGGUUCUGACCAAAGUGCUGCAGGAAGAUCCUCCUGUGUUGCCUCUAAGCAUGGGUUUCUCUCUCGACUUCCAGUCCUUUGUCAAAGACUGCCUCACAAAGGAUCACAGAAAAAGGCCAAAAUACCAUCAGCUGUUGGAGCACAGUUUCAUCCGGCGCUACGAGGUUCUGGAGGUGGACGUGGCUGGCUGGUUUCAGGCGGUGAUGGAGCGCACCGAGUCGCCUCGCAGCAGCCAGUGCUACAGCCAUCAACACAUGCUCCACUCGCUGCUCAGCAGGUAGCCUGACCCGGCCUCUGCUCGGCCCGAAAGCCGGACCGGACCAGCCGAGCUUCAGCUUCAGCCCAGGCUCGGUCUGAUCUGGUCUCGCUGUUCGCAUCGACGUCCAGCUCCAGAACCCAUCCUGCCUGUCCACCAACCAGAGGACUCAUGAUGAACAGAUGGAGUGAUGGACAGAGGUGUGCUAAUGGAUGGAUGGAUAGCUUACUGUAAUAUUUAGUCAUGUGUAAAAUCUGGACUGGAGGAGGGAUCAGAUGCACACUUUAGCUAGCUUCGUUCACUCAGACAAGACGAUCUCCUCUCAUCACACGCACACAGUCUGUCUCCUGUACUUCCUCCAGGUUUUCAUCCUUCUGCUUGUCGGUUUCCAGCAUCGAUCAAUCAGCAGCGCAGUCACUACACACUGGAGCAAAACGUCUGCUGCGAUAGCAAGGAGAGGAAAACUGUGCAAUUCUGAACCUUCAGGUGUUUUUACUAUCGUACGUUCUCAGGCGUAGAUUCUCUGUAUGAAUGAACAAAUAUUUCAUAACCACCUUCACACUACAGCGCUAACACCCACAGAAAGGGAUUUUUGUUUUCUUCAUAUUUUUAUGUUUGUAGUGACUCUAGGUGACUUUAAUUUAUCCACAAAGUAUAACAGAAGACAAGUUAUUUUAAUUAGAAACUGCAUAUUUGGAAAAACAAAAAAAGUUCCUAAAAAAAUUAGUGUUGCAUUGUAGGUUUUUAGACAUGUUUGUCUCUUCUUGUUUUUGCGUUUAUCGGAAUGUUUUAUGGCGAGUCUAAAAGGAAGAGAAGUUAGUCGGAAAGCAAAUUGGUGGAGAGAAACUGGAAGAUUUAAGAGAAGUUGGAUCGAAAAUGGAAAGUCAGGCCAGGAGUUGGCAGAUGUUUUGUAGGCAGAGCGUCCUAGUCCAAACAUCAGUCUGUUUGGCUACCUCUUCCUCUUUCUGUUCAGGCUGCCUCGGCAGCGUCGUUUCCAGACCAAAGGCUGCGUGUGGCUUGAUGUUCAGGAAGGAGCAGAAAGCUUCAGGUGUGACGAUUAUGGCGUUUAUCGAGCUUCUGGGAGAGACUGUCGACAUAAAACCUUUGGUUUCACACACAAACUUUUACUAAUUAACUCCAUAAAUGAGUUGAGUAAUGAGAAAUGUUUAUUUUGAGCUAAAACUUGAAUUUUUAUUCUUUUUAGUUCUCAAAAAGAAUUAAAAUUCUGAAUGAACAGCAGUCAUGUUCAUUUUUAAAAUAAACCCCAUUUGUGCUUCCUCUAACUUCAUUCGUUUUAAACAUAAAUAAUAUCCGUAAAUUUAAAAACGGGCGAUUUUUAAACAUGUUAUCCAGGUUUCUAGCUGGUCAGUCGACAUGAGAAAGAUGACCGAUUCGUUUCCAAAAGCUACUCGAAGUGUGUUUAUGUUGACGUCUCUGACCCGGAGGAUCGUUGGGAUGAAAACAGAUGUUGGUCCAGCAGAACCGAUCAGAGCCCAUCUGCCACGGCCAAAGCCUCGCAGACGGAGAGUCCAGCGUUUCACUCUCACCGAACCAAAUCACAGCUAGACGCAGAGCCGAGGAGCGGCGGCGGCGGCAGACCGGAGGAUGUUUAGUGUUGGCGAGACACAGGAAUGUUGUUGAGAAAAGCAGAAAAGAUGAGAGGAAAUCAAAACGACGGGAAUAUGAGGAGAGAGACGAGGGCUGAGGCGAGAAGGAAGCUGGAGAGCGUGAAGAAAGUGUGACGACAAGAUCGAGAAAAGUUGCAGGGAGGAUGCAGAUGAGACGGAGACUAGCUGGCUUCUGUAAGAGCUUUCCUGGUGUUGCACCAACUUACCAAUUACGAGUUUAGUUAGUGUGUCGUUUACUGUUCUUUUCUGUCAAACUGCAUUAUUUAUUGACGUGUUUUUACUGCUGCUACUUUUGAUUGCUUUAGACGCUGCUGUCGCUUCUUUUCCCCAAAGUCCAAAAAAACUUUAAUCGUUUGUUAUUUUUCUUUUUUUUAAAAGCCAAAUAAAUAAUCAUGCAACGUCUGCAUGUCUUACCAAAUACAAAAACACCAAGUCUGAGGAGAGCAAAGUUAAGUGAGAGAUGGCGAAAGGGAAGUGCUGGGAAAGAACUAACACACAACGUAAACGCACGCCUCACCUCAAACUAAGUAGGAAGUGUUCUUGAAUAACCGCACCGCACUACAGCUCUGUACAGUGUACAUACAGCGUCCAGUCCAGUCCAUCCAGUCCUCCAUCCAUCCGUCCAUCCCUCCGUCUGUCCACACCAAAGGCCACCGCAACUCAACUAACGUGCAAGAGCAAAGCUGUCACGACUGCGUUUGUGAGGAACAUUUAUAACGCCGAGCUGCGUGAACUCUGUAACUAGUGGGAAAGAGUGCGUGUGUGUGUGUGUGUGUGUGUGUGUGUGUGUGUGUGUGUGUGUGUGUGAGGGAUGCUGUAUG